UACACUUCCUAAUGGAAAUCAACACGCGUGGAUGGUGAAAGUUUCAAAGAAUCGUUAGAAUGGAUAUCAUACCUUGUAUUAAAUGGGUUCAGCGUGGCAUAGCAAAGAGUAUACCCGAUAAAGUUAAAUUAAGUGAGGAAGAAUUGAAGCGAAUUAUUGAGGACACCAAAGAUAAAAUAGAUUUGGCUAAUGAUGAAGAUGAUGAUCAAGAGGAAGAAGAGGAGGAAGGAAGUGAUAUGGAAGAGGAAGUGAAUGCUGUAAACAAAUCUAAUGCUGCCAAAAGUGGUGGUAAACGCAAAAUGGAUGACGAUGAUGAUGAGGAAGAGGAUAUUGAAACAAAAUAUGACCUUGCAGACUAUGACAAUGAGGAUGAAAUUGACAUGCUGAAGGGCAUUGGUGAUCUGACAUAUUUUGCUUCCAAUGAAGAUGAUCCUUAUGUCACAAUGAAAGAUGAGGGAGACAGUGAUGAUGAAGAUUUUGAAAUCAAAGCCACAGAUAACCUGAUAGUUGUAGCCAAAGCAGAGAAAGAAUUCUGUUGUUUAGAAGUGUAUGUGUACAAUGAGGAUCUUGGGAACCUAUAUGUGCACCAUGAUAUUUUGUUAUCCUCGUUUCCAUUGGCUGUAGAGUGGCUGAAUUAUGAUAUAGGGGAAGACAAGCCAGGGAACUUUGUGGCUGUUGGAUCCAUGGAGCCUGUGAUAGAAAUCUGGGAUUUGGACCUGGUGGACUCAGUAGAACCUGUGGCAGUCCUGGGCACUAAAGCCAAGUCAAAAGGCAAAAAGCAAAAGAAAAGUGACAGUCAUACAGAUGCGGUGCUAAAUUUGUCCUGGAAUGCUCAAGUCAGAAAUGUGCUAGGGAGUGCUUCAGCAGAUUGUACAGUCAAACUGUGGGACCUGUCAGAGGGCAAGCCAGUGACAACCAUCACACAGCACAAAGACAAAGUCCAGUGUUUGAGUUGGUGUCCAUCUGAUUCUUCCUCCCUUCUAUCUGGUUCUUUUGACAAAACAGUGAAAAUGUAUGACUGUAGAAAUCCAAACAAGGAUUUCAAAAGCUGGACUCUAAAUGGAGAGGUGGAAAAUGUUCUUUGGGACAGAUUUAAUACAACAAAUUUUUAUGCAACAACAGAUAAAGGGUAUGUGUUCUACAUGGACCAGAGGUCAGACAAACCAGUGUUCACACUCUCAGCCCACAGUGAGGCUGUGACAGGAAUCUGCCAAAGUUCAUCAGUCCCAGGUUUAUUGGUCACAACAUCCACAGACAAAACCAUGAAGAUAUGGGACGUCCAGGAUAACAAGCCCUCAACGGUGCUGGAGAGAAACCUCAGACUGAAUCAGCUGUUCUGUGUGGAUUCCUGCCCAGAGGCUCCCUUUGUAUUUGCUGUCGGUGGAGAGAAAGAAAUCAAAGUCUGGGACAUCAGAGAAAGUGCAACAGUGAGGAAUCAUUUUGCUGAUCGAGCACCAGUGGGCGUUACAAUGGAAGGGGAGGGGGAUAUAAAAGAAGAGGUGGAGCAAGCCAUGAGGGACAUGAUGAUUGACAAAGAGGAGGAGGAAGAUGUCAACACACUGCUGGGGGAGGGGGCAACGGCAGGUGCCCCCACAAACAAAAAGAAAAAGAAGAAAAAGAGAAAGAAAGGCCAGAAAAAGGACUAGUCAGCAGCAUUUUAUUUGAGAUAUUUUUAAGGGGGUGGGGUAUGUGAAGGGGCUGGGUAUGAAAGGGUUUGAUGGAAUGAUGACUUUUGCUUCUUGUUGUGGAUUUUGGAAAUAGGGGACUUUUGUUCAAGAAUUGAAAUUGGAGAUAUUGCCAUAUCAUCACAAUCACCUUGUGUUACAAAUCCUUGAUUUGACGAAUGUUACAGAUCAAAAAUAAAAAUGCCAUGUUCA